AUGGCAGGGGAGGCAGAGCAGAAGUCCUACCAGGACCCUUGGAGAGAGGGUAAAGUGAUGCUUUCAGGGGGAAUUGCAGGUGUCGUGAGUCGUUCGACGACUGCGCCGAUUGAUAGGGCAAAGAUGAUCAUGCAGGUCGCGGAGGGAUCUCACAUGAACAUGCGACAGGCAUUCAAAGUCAUGCUUGCCGAAGGCUCCAUAAGGUCAUGGUUCCGCGGCAACGGGGCGAACUGUGCCAAAAUAGGCCCAGAAAUGGCGCUCAAGCUGACAAUCAACGAUGAGAUGAAGAAGAUCGUGUACUCGCGCAGGCAGGACGCGCACAUUCCAGCUUGGCAGCGACUGGCGUUCGGAGGCCUGUCCGGCGCCGUUGCGCAGGCGUGCAUCUACCCCAUGGAGGUCGUUCGCACGCGGCUUGCUGUGUGUGCUCCUGGCUCGUACAACGGCAUGCUCAACGUGCUGACUCGGACGUACCAGCAGGAAGGGGUCAAGGCACUCUACCGUGGGCUGACGCCGUCACUCAUCGGCAUCAUUCCGUACGCGGGCGUGGACAUCGCGGUCUUCGAAAUCAUCAAGUCGCACCUCGUGGAAGUAUUCGACGGGGACCUGCCGAACUCUUCGUUGCUAGCUGCAGGGGCAGCAUCAGCAUCCCUUGCACAAUUUGUGUCGUACCCCUUCGCCGUCGUGCGCACCCGACUUCAGGCCCAAGGCGCCAAAGGACACCAGGAGAAAUAUGAAGGCAUGAUUGACGCGUUUCGGAAAACGUACCGACACGAGGGUGUGCGAGGUUUGUACAGGGGGCUGACGCCGAACAUGCUGAAACUCGCUCCUGCUGCGGCGAUCUCAUGGUGGUCGUUCGAGCAGAGCAAACUGGCCCUCGGAAUCAACAUCAGAACAUGA